AUCAAGAGCAGCCAUGGUUGAGUGGACUGAUAAGGAGCGCGCCAUCAUCUCCAGCAUCUUCUCCAGCCUGGACUAUAACGAUAUCGGACCCAAAGCCCUGAGCAGGUGUCUGAUCGUCUACCCCUGGACCCAGAGGUACUUCGGCUCCUUCGGCAACCUCUACAACGCCGAGGCCAUCAAGACCAACCCGGCCAUCGCGGCCCACGGGAUCAAGGUGCUGCACGGCCUGGACCGCGCCGUCAAGAACAUGGACGACAUCAAGGGCACGUACGCCGAGCUGAGCGUCCUGCACUCCGAGACGCUGCACGUCGACCCCGACAACUUCAGGCUCCUGGCUGACUGCCUGACCAUCGUCAUCGCCGCCAAAUUGGGAAACGGCUUCACCCCUGACAUCCAGUCCGCGUUUCAGAAGUUCCUGGCCGUGGUUGUGUCCGCUCUGGGAAGGCAGUACCACUAAACCCCGACACUCACCCAC